AUGAGAUCGUUUGUACUUGCACUUGUCUGUCUUGGUGCCGCCGUUGUCCGUGCUGAGCAGAUCGACAUCGAUUGGUCGAAGGUGCGACCGGUCGAGGAGUUUGAUCACUACUGGGCCCGUCUGCCACCCAAACUACAAGUCUACCGUAACGAUACCUCAACGGACCGCGUCGUCAACGGGCAGGAGGCUCUGCCCGGCCAGUUCCCGUACCAGGUCGCACUGCUCCUCAACUUUCCCGAUGGUACGGCGCUUUGCGGCGGUUCCGUACUGACGCGUAACUUCAUCCUGACGGCGGCCCACUGUGUCAGCGCUACCAGCACCACUCUCGUUAGCGGCGGUAUCGCCAUCAUGGGAGCACACAACCGUACCGCAAUGGAGCUUUCGCAGCAGCGCAUCCGCUUUACGUCUACUGGCAUUCGCCGCCAUCCCGAGUACGACGAUACCAGCUUGAGAAACGAUGUGGCACUCAUCUUGCUGAACUCUCCCAUGACGUUCACGUCCCGGGUGAAACCGAUCAGUUUGCCGGCCCGCACGGAUACGCGCCAAUUUGAAGGUUUCACCGGUACCGUGUCUGGGUUCGGGCGCUCGUCGGACGCUAGUCCGUAUCCUUCGUCAAUACUUCGAUUCACCAGCAAUCCGAUCAUGUCGAAAGCGGAGUGUAUUGUGAGCUGGGGCUUCGCGCUGGCCCAGAGCCAGAACGUGUGCCUGAAGCCGACCGGUGGACGAUCGUCCUGCAACGGAGACUCCGGUGGGCCACUUACGGUGAACUCGGGAGGAGUGCUGCAGAUCGGCACCGUGUCAUUCGGAUCUUCAUACGGCUGUGCGUCCGGAUGGCCCUCGGUGUACGCUCGAGUGUCGUACGUUCUCUCGUGGAUCAAUGAAAAUAUAUGGUGAUAAUAAGAACACAACCUCAAUCCGGUUUCGAUUGCACGAGAGACAUCGAAAUAUGAUAGGGAAUUAACCGUGA